AUGUAUGGAGUCCCGGGCGACCCUCAGAGUAUUCGGUUGAAUCGAAACGCAACAGAGACGCGAAUUCACUGCCUAUGGAAUCAUCUUAUAGAGACUGCCUCAGCCUCAACCGGAUCACUUCUCAUUUGGGACACGGGAACAUAUAGCAUCCUCCCCUGUCAAAGCAAGCAUGCCCCAACAGCUGAUCCAUCCUCUCCAACGUCCUCACCAGAUCCAUCAACCUCGCCAACACAGCAAGCUCUUCUACACGCCGCUUUUCAGAGCCGCAAGAUCCGUAUUCGACUGCAUGGAUCGCGCUUACCAGAUCCAUAUGUCCUGAACCUUCGUUUAACUAAGUCAGAAGAUGUGACUGGUAGAGUAAGGAGCGGAAAAACACCUCGGAAACGACGACGCCGUCAUGCCCAGGCGGAGACGCAACCUGAGACGAGUGGUGAGGACAGUGAGGGUGAUGCGAGUGAGGAUGUCCCUUCAAACACUGAUGCGGGUACCAACACAGACGACCUUCCCGCCAUGGAGCGUGAGAUACGUGAGGUUGAAGAUGAAGAGGUCCGCAGAACAAAUGCAUAUCCAGGGGCUUCCAACACCAUUGGUAGUGUACAUCAACGACGAUGGUAUCUUUCACUUGAUCGCCCGGCUUGCGGGUUUGUGGAAGAAAGAGUCAAGAACCGCUCAGUUUGGAAACUCGAAGACCGUACUGAGACUAAAAAUAAACAGAGCGACAACGAACGCUUGUCAUACCCAUUCUACGUCCGGGGGCCAGAUCAUGAGCGUAGUGUAUUAACAGGACGGCUAGGAGCUGAUAUUCUUCGAGAUGAGGGCGUUGAUAAAUUCAUCCAGCGUCCAGGUUGGAAGCCAGUGCUGAAAUGA